UUAAUCGUACUUUUUUCUUUUUUAUAUUAGUAAAUAGUUAAAUAUUAUAGAAUCCUCCUUUAUAAUGAGCCGAAAUCGCCCGCUAACAGAUAAAGAACUAUUAGAUUUAAUAGAAGUCGGAUUAUCAGACAUUGAAGGACGCAGUGACGGCGAAUUCAAUGAAGAUGAUGGCUUUGAUUUUGAUCCUGAAGAAUUACAAGCAAUGAGUGAUGAGGAGGAAGAGGCUGAACCUGUUCCCAGCACACCUGUAACUCAACAACGUGAAGAGACUGAGCAGCUAGAACAAGCAGAACCUAAACCUGUUCCCAACAUAAUGGCAAAAACUCCACAAAAGUCGAAGAAAUCGAAUAUAGAAGACUAUUUGGAAAACAAUGGUCUUUCAAAGAAAAAGGAUAUAUUCUGGUGAAAAAAUGUGCAGUAUAUCACUCCACCGAUAGAGUGGCACGUUAGAGAAGAAAAACCAGUAGUUCAGCUAGAAAGCCCAGCGUUUUUUU